AUGAUUCGCAACGCUGCUCGACGCUUGCCUCGACAGCUUCGUCCGCUCUCCCGCCCCUCCACUCUCUCCAGUACUGCGGCUCGCACGUUCGCCUGUGGCUGCCCGCGGAUGGCGUCACAACUACCUCCAGUCAAUCCACCUGUGUCAGUAGCACACCCAUCCGACUCAUUCCAGCUACUGUCUUCCGCUGAAAAGGCCGGGGCCGCCGAAGAUGCGCUGUUUGAAGAACAAGUAAGAGCCGUGAGGGAGUGGUGGAACACCCCGCGCUUCGAGGAUAUCAAGCGCCCAUAUUCAGCAGAGGCGGUCGUAAGCAAGCGGGGGUCGCUGCAGCAGACAUAUCCAAGCUCGAUAAUGGCAAGAAAAUUAUUCAAUCUGCUGGAUGAGAGGGCAAAGGCUGGAAAGCCGGUACAUACGCUUGGUGCCAUUGAUCCCGUCCAGAUGACACAGCAAGCUCCCAACCAAGAAGUGCUAUAUAUUUCAGGGUGGGCGUGUUCAUCUCUCCUCACUACGACAAACGAAGUAUCCCCGGACUUUGGAGACUACCCCUACAACACCGUCCCGAACCAGGUUCAGAGGCUCUUCAAGGCCCAGCAAAUGCACGACCGCAAAGAAUGGGAUGCAAGAAGGAAACUUUCUGCGGACCAGCGCAAGUCGACGCCCUACACUGAUUUCAUGCGGCCCAUAAUCGCUGAUGGCGAUACGGGACAUGGAGGUCUUACAGCAGUAUUGAAACUGGCCAAACUCUUUGCCGAAAACGGAGCCGCUGCUGUCCACUUCGAGGACCAGCUUCAUGGAGGCAAAAAAUGCGGCCAUCUUGCCGGCAAAGUGCUCGUCCCCAUUGCCGAACACAUCAACAGGCUCGUCGCAGCAAGAUUGCAGUGGGAUAUUAUGGGGACUGAAAAUCUGCUCAUCGCCAGAACGGACUCGGAGAGCGGAAAACUUCUAAGCAGCACCAUUGAUGUCCGGGACCACGAGUUCAUCCUAGGUGUUACCGAAGGCUCCAAACCGCUCGCCGAAACCCUGCAGAGAAUGGAGCUGGACGGGGCCUCUGGCCCUGAAAUCGACCAGUUCGAAUCACAAUGGGUUAAAAACCAUAAACUUGUGACGUUCGAUGAAGCUGUGGAACAACAUCUUAAAUCCGAGGGAGCCGCUCAAUCAUCCAUCGAUGACUACAAAAAACAAGUAACCGCAAACCGGGACAUGUCGAUUAAUGAACGACGGGAGCUUGCACACAAGUACACCAAAUCACCUGUGUUCUGGUCCUGGGACAUUCCCAGGACUCGUGAGGGCUACUAUCAUUACCGUGCCGGUAAUGCCGCGGCAACCAAGCGUGCGAUCAACUUCGCGCCCUACGCUGACUUGCUCUGGGUUGAAACUGGCGACCCAAGUGUCGAGAAGGCGGCGUCGUUUGCCGGAGAGAUCCGAGCAAAACACCCUGGCAAGAAGCUGGUAUAUAACCUCAGCCCUUCGUUUAACUGGAUGGGUCAGGGUUUCACCGAAGCCAGCCUCAAGUCGUUUAUCUGGGACAUCGCUCAGCAUGGCUUCGUCCUCCAACUUAUCUCACUCGCUGGUCUCCACUCUAACGCUACCAUGACAACUGAGCUUUCGCGGAAAUUCAAGGACGAGGGCAUGCUGGCUUAUGUCAACCUCAUCCAGCGACGGGAGAAGGAAAUGGGAGUUGAUGUACUUACGCACCAGAAAUGGAGCGGCGCCCCAUAUAUGGACGGCAUUGUCGGCUCCAUUCUCAGUGGCAGCAGCUCCAACAAGAGUAUGGGCGAAGGCAACACGGAGGAUUCUUUCUAA